GUCAUUCAUAGGUUAAACUAGCGAUUGUGUGAGCUUGUUCCAAUCUGGCGUCCCCAGCACAUUUAUGACAUAAGGGAAAAACACCUAAUCACUGGCAAAAAACGAAGGCUAAAGUGUACGAGCCUGAGUGUAGUUUGUAGGGGACCGCGGAUCUGGAACGAGCUUGAGGAAAACUUGAAACUGUCGCAUUCUGUUUCCAUCUUCAAGAAAAGUCUGGAAAAAAUGCUCAUAACAUAUGAUUGUUGAAUAUUCCAUGACGUGUGACAUAAACGAAACGAAUUAUAGGCGUGAAGCAAGUUGUUUGCAUGCGGUGUGUCUGGUUUCCUUGCAGGGCGGUGCAGCAGCUCGGUUUAAAAGAGUCCACGUCUGGUGCAGGAAGCCUACAUCGGCUUCAAUCCGGCAGCGAGUGUCGACUACUGUAGUCGGCUCUUUGCGUUGAUUUGCAGUGCGGAGCCUGGCUGUUUCUGUUUAAAAGUGGCAUGAGAAGUUGGAGUCUGUUUAUGGCUAACGUUAAUGGCACAACAAGAGGACUUGGCUUUCAAAAGACAAACUUUUCCAUACCUGAAACUCGACGUCUGCUCAUCUAGCACACCUGGAUCUGUCAUGACGCUUCAGAGGACUGACUUAUUUAAAUAAAUGCUUUAAAGCGCACACUGGACACAAGCUGCUUGUCUGCCUUCAGUUGAUAUUGUUCCUAAUUCUUUGUCAUUAAUCAUGGUUGGUGGAGGAAGUGCUGAACUGGCCCCAACAGCCGCUGUCAAGAUAUUUUCAGCCGGAGCAGCUGGCUGUGCGGCCGAGCUGGUCACUUUACCUCUGGACACAGCCAAGGUCAGACUGCAGAUUCAAGGUGAAUCCAAGCCCUCAUUGAAAGGCCAGAGGAUGAAAUACAGAGGGGUGUUCGCCACUAUCUUCACCAUGGUGCAGACGGAGGGCCCGAGGAGUCUGUACAGCGGACUGGUGGCAGGGCUGCACAGACAGAUGGGCUUCGCCUCAGUCCGCAUCGGCCUGUAUGACACCAUGAAGCAGUUCUACACCAGAGGCUCAGAAAAUGCAGGAAUCGGGACUCGGAUGCUGGCGGGCUGCACCACCGGAGCGAUGGCGGUGGCCUUUGCGCAGCCCACUGAUGUGGUGAAAGUCAGGUUUCAGGCUCAGGUCCGCCUGCCCGAGAGCAACUCUGUGAAGAGAUACAGCAGCACUUUUGAUGCCUACAAGACCAUCGCCAGGGAUGAGGGCAUUAGAGGGCUCUGGAAAGGUUGUCUGCCAAAUAUAACUCGUAAUGCCAUCGUAAACUGCUCCGAGCUGGUGACAUAUGACAUCAUUAAGGAGCUCAUCCUCAAGUAUGACCUGAUGACAGACAAUAUGCCGUGUCACUUCACAGCAGGCUUCGCGGCAGGUUUCUGCACCACCAUCGUAGCAUCUCCGGUGGAUGUGGUAAAAACACGCUUCAUGAAUUCAGCACCUGGUAUGUACAGCGGUGCUAUUAACUGUGCAUUAACCAUGCUGACGAAAGAGGGACCCACAGCUUUCUAUAAGGGAUUUGUGCCCUCCUUUCUUCGCCUGGGUUCCUGGAACAUUGUGAUGUUUAUGAGCUACGAGCAGAUUAAAAGAGCUGUCAUGAGAUUUCAACAGUCCCGGGACUCUCCGCUCUGACCUGUCUGACAGCUGGUUUGUCACUAGGUUGGUGUUAUUGUUGUAGCAAAGCUAGGACUGUCUGUACCAAGCGGCACACGCGUUGGAGAGACAGUGUGGUUAGACUGUUGCUGGUCUGGACCUGUUUUGCCUCAGGGAUUAAAUUGUACAUUUAAUUAAAGAAGCCUAUCUCAAAGGAAAAACUGCAGGGAUGAUUAAUAUUGAAUUGUUACUGACUUGCACACAUUAUUCAAAUAGAUCUUUUCUAGCAAUGUUUGGCAGGUCCUAGUAUUGUGCAUGCUGACUCAUUGUCACACUGUCAUGGCUACAAGGACACAUGAGUAUAACUAUUCUUGUGCUUUUCCUACAAUCACAAAUCAAAAUGUCUGCUGAGAAAAAGGCCUCUUUACAGAGUGAAGUCUGGUGUGGAUGGGGAUGCAGGGUGUCCCCAAGUCAGAUUUACAGUGCUGUCUAUUGAGCACAUUCAUUUAUUGGUUUAUUGGUCUUGGUUGGGUAUUGCAUUUCAUAUCUGGUUUCAGGUGAAACAUUCACGUUUUUAUGAUGUGAAAAAAAAUGCAGUCUUUCA